CAAUAUGGCCGUUCCCGCAUUACGCUGCCCGGUAGCUGCGCCCCGGCGCGAUGACGUCACGGCCAGUGCUCCACGCCCCUUGCGGUGACUCCAUUUUGUGCUAGUGGACGAAGCUGCUGCUUCUAGUUCCGGGUUGUCGGAGCCCGGGGAGAGCGGAAAGUGGAGGGAGCUGCGGAGAGAGGGCCAUGAUCCAGAUCUCGUGGCUGUGUAUUUAAGGAUUUCAGUGGUUCCCACCCCUUGGAAGGGGCUGGUUCUGGGAGCUUGGACAGAGUAGCUUUUAUCAGCAGGAAAAAUGCCCAUUCCUCCUCCUCCGGGGCCUCCCCCUCCCCCAACUUUUUCACAGGCUAAUAUCGAGCCUCCGAAACUGAACCGCGAUGAGCAACGGGGACGAGGGGCUCUUCUAAAUGACAUCUGCAAAGGAGCAAAUCUGAAGAAAACAUCUGGGGUCCAAGAUAGAAGUGCCCCUGUGUUAGACAAACCUAAAGGUGCAGGGGUGGGUUCUGGUCUUGGACCCGCGCUUGGAGGAGCAAUGCAGCCCAGAGGACCCAUCUUCCAAGGGGGAGUGCCUAGACUUCGGCCAGUGGGAACCAAGGAACCUGGUAAGAAGGGUCCAUCGGGUCGAUCUCCUCUUCAAGGCUCCUCUGCACGAGCUGCUGCUCCUCGCCCUCCAGUUGCAGGAGGUAGACCGCAGGAUGACUCUGACAGUGGCAGCAAUCGAUCCUCGCCACCAGACGUUGGCCGAGCACACAGACCGUCCCUGCCUGAUCUCACGCGACCCCCUAGCACGACCAGUCCUGGCAUGAAGCACAGUUCUUCUGCUCCUCCUCCACCACCUCCUCCUGGACGACGACAAACAGGACCUGCUCCUCCUCCUCCACAGGACACCAAACCAUACAAUAGGGACAAGCCCUUGCCGCCAACCCCAGGACAUCGUGCCCCUGCUGCUCCUCCAGUAAAGCCUCCACCUUCUCCUGUCAAUAUGCGGGCCCCUUCUUCUCAGGGACAGCCUCCUCCACCACCACCUUACAGGCAACCACUUACUUCUGUCAAUGGACCUCCCAGUCCAAUAAAUGACCAGGCACCAGAACUACCACAGAGGCACAACUCACUUCAUCGGAAACAGCCUGCUCCAGGAAGAAAUUUGGCUCCCCCUCCUCCUCCUUCAGCCAACCUUUCUCCAGGUGGUAAUAGACCACCACCUCCAAAUAGAGAUCCCCCAGGGAGAGGACCAGCUCCUCCUCCGCCACCACCUAUAGUUCGAAAUGGUGGUCGCGAUCCGCCCCCUCCUCCUCCUCCCUACAGAAUGCAUGGGGCAAGUGAAGCCACUCCGAACCGGGUCAAGCCACCCCCACCUCCAUCUCGAACUCCUUCUGGACCUCCUCCACCUCCUCCUCCUGUCAGAAAUGGACACCGGGACUCAAUUCUUGUUGGCAGGUCUUUUGCUGAUGACUUUGAGUCAAAAUACACCUUCCAUUCAGUUGAUGACUUUCCUGCUCCAGAGGACUAUAGACCUUUCCAGAAAAUCUACCCCAGCAAAUCGAUCAGAACAAUCCGUGGUGCUCCUCCCCUGCCUCCCAUCCCGAGGUGAGACCAUGUCGUCAGUCUGCUGCCUGGACGGUUUAUCCCAGCCCCCCCUCCUCACCUGCCUCCUCACACCUUGCAGAAAGGGGCCGCUCUCGCAUGAAAACAUUUGUGAACAAAACGAAAUUGGGUCUCUCCCCCCCGCUGCCUGUCUAUGCAUUCCACAUCCUUGCCUCGGGCACAGCCUUCUUCGCUUCUUGCACGGGGAGGGGGUUAAUGUAUGGUCUCAUCUCCUGGGUGCAAACCAGGGAACUGCAUCCAGCACUGCUUUCCGUCUUAUCCACAUCAAAAUUAACGGAUCCUCCCUUUCGCAAAUGCCACGUCAAACUGAAUUUUAUAUGUCCAUAGGAAGAGGGCUCCAAAAUGUAGAAGGAACAAUGAAUAUAUACUGAGGAAUACACUACAGAGAGGACACACGGCCAGGACAGAUCUACAUCCUCUGUUUCUGGUCUUUGCCUCCCACAAAGCACUUUCUGACUGUUACCCAAAUACGAUGGGCAGAUCCAUUAGCAGGCUCCUUGGGGGAACUGCGGAGCCUGACUCAAGUCGGUGGAACUUAGACUCGGGAUGUGGGCUUAAAAUGGUUGCCACUGGGCAGCUGGGAGACUGUAUUGUCCAUAUCGCAGCAUAUGGCAACAAUAAACAUUCAUGCAGGGUGGCUGGAGAAGACGCAAGAAAAUAGGA